GAGAGGGACAGAACAGGAUCUGGUUGGAUGAUGUUCAGUGUACUGGUCAUGAGCCUUCUGUCCUCAAGUGCCCACACAGACCAAUGGGGGAACAUAACUGUGGCCACAGUGAAGAUGUGGGGGUUGUCUGUUCAGAAUAUGUGAGAGUGGUCAACGGAAGCAAUCGAUGCAGCGGUCGAGUGGAAGUCCACCAUGAUGGCAACUGGAAACGAGUGUGCAAUGACUGGACCAAGGCAGACGCUGACGUGGUGUGCCGAGAGAUUAACUGUGGCACUCCUGUCGAUCAGGCUGAAGUGCUAUAUUUUGGAGAGACACAUGACCUGGGUGGCGUCAAACCCAAGUGCUUUGGGAAUGAGAGCUCUCUCUCACAGUGCAGACUUCAGGAAUUCAAGGAAAGCUGUGUCGAUGCUACUGUUGUCUGUACAAGCAAACUACUUCGGCUGAGUAACGGGACUAGUCGGUGCUCUGGCCGAGUGGAAGUCUACCACGAUGGACAGUGGGGAACGGUUUGCGAUGACAGAUGGGGGAUGCCGGAAGCAGAUGUUGUAUGUCGAGAGAUGAACUGUGGGAGUGCUCUCUCGGUCCAGUACAAGGCGUUUUUCGGCAGAGGUCAGGAUCGGGUUUGGUUGGACGAUGUUGAGUGUACUGGUCAUGAGAAGUCUCUUGCUGACUGCCCUCACAGAGGUUUUGGAGAAAACGACUGUGACCACAAUGAAGAUGCUGGUGUUAUAUGUUCAGAUUCAGUCAGAUUGUUCAAUGGGACUGACCGCUGCUCUGGCAGAGUGGAGGUCUUCCACAAUGGCCAGUGGGGGAAAAUUUGUAAUAACUGGGGCAAUGAAGAUGCUGAGGUGGUGUGUAAGGAACUCAAUUGUGGCCCUCCAAAACCAACUCAAAGCUUAAAUUUUGGUGAAAGUGGACUGAGAGCCUUUACAAGUAGAUGCUCUGGCAAUGUAACCUCUAUCUCCCAAUGCACACUUCAAGAAUUGACCGGGAGAUGUGAAGCUGUUUCUCUUUCAUGUGGAGGUAAUCCACCACUAAGGCUUGUCAAUGGCACUGACAGAUGUUCUGGUAGAGUGGAGGUUCAGCACGAUGGCCAGUGGGGAACGGUGUGUGAUGACGAGUGGGACAUCAAAGAUGCUGAGGUGGUGUGCAGAGCCAUGGACUGUGGAACAGCUAAGACAGCCAAAUCCAGUUCCUUCUUUGGUCAAGGCCAAGGAGCCAUCUGGCUGGAUGAUGUAGGCUGUAUCGGUAAUGAGACGUCUCUUAUGCACUGCCGACAUUCCACCCUCGGAGAACAUAACUGUGGUCAUGGGGAAGAUGCCGGUGUUGUGUGCUCAGCUAACAUUAGACUGAUGAAUGGGACUGACCAGUGCUCAGGCAGGGUGGAGUUAUACCAUGGUGGCCAAUGGUCAGCAGCAUAUAAUCUUAACUGGGGAAUGAAUGAAGCUGCAGUGGUGUGCAGAGAGAUGAAUUGUGGAGAUCCUGUUAAGUUCUCAGGAUCAUAUGGUCAGGGCAGACAUUCAAGAGGGUAUACGAUCAGUUGUAGCGGACCGCAAGAUCGCUUUGAAGAGGCAUCUGUCAAAUGUUCAGGUAAUGUGAAGUUGUCUGAGGGGCCCAGUCAAUGUGCUGGAAGAGUGGAGUUCUACGACAAUGGCCAGUGGGGGAAUGUGUGUGGUGAAUCCUGGGAUGUGAAUGAUGCAAAUGUGGUGUGCAGACAGCUGGACUGCGGGAGGGCUCAUAAAAUUACCACUGUGGCUGAGUAUGGCCAUGGUACGGGACACACCUGGAUUGAACAAAUUGAAUGCAAUGGAAUGGAGUCAACACUGAGUCAGUGCUCACAGAGACCAUUUAGAGACAAAAAAUGCAACUCAACCUCAGUUGCUGGUGUUCUCUGCACAGGAAGUUUGGAGGUCCGGUUGGUUAAUGGUAAAGAUGAAUGCUCUGGCAGAGUAGAGGUCCGUCAUGGCAAUGUGUGGCAAACAGUUUGUGACACAGACUGGACCCGGAGUAAAGCUGAGGUGGUGUGUGAGCAGCUGGAAUGUGGAAAUGCAUUGAGCGCUCCUGGCGCUGCCCAUUUUGGCCAAGGCAGUGGAUCAGUAGUGGAGGCUAGCAAUUCAUGUUUUGACAAUGUGACAUCUCUUCAGCAAUGCUCACUCAAAGGUUUCAGAGGAGCAAGGUGUGGGCACGAACAUGAUGCUUCUGCUCUAUGUGCAGCACAGAUACGGGCAGUCGGCGGCUCAGGUCAAUGCUCUGGUAGAGUGGAGAUCUUCUAUAAAGGCCAGUGGGGAACUGUGUGUGAUGAUGAGUGGGGAAUGAGCAAUGCUGAUGUGGUAUGUAGACAGCUUGGCUGUGGUCAUGCCGUUUCUGCUCCUAUGAGUGCCCACUUCGGUAGAGGCACUGGCCCAAUAUGGCUGGAUAAUGUGGAUUGUAGAGGCGAAGAGUCUGCUCUCACACAUUGUACGCAUCCAGGUUUUGGAGUAAAUAACUGCGGGCACGGUGAAGAUGCUGGUGUUAUCUGUUUAGGUAAGAGGCCUGGCUCAUUUUUAAUCUGUGAAUGACCUUCCAACAGGUAUUAGAUGAAGCUGUGUUUGCUGUUAUGAAAACACUUAUCUGUUUCAGGUCGCUACAGAAGC